AUGGAGGCGCAGGUGCUUGUCGCCGUCGUGCUCUCGUUGGUCGGUGGAUUGAGCACCUCGAUCGGUGGGCUUUUGGUGAUUCUUAGCGGCACUCCCAAUCUUAAGCUUCUUGGGAGCUUACAGGGUUUUGCUGCUGGCCUCAUGUUGUGCAUCUCCUUCUUCGACUUGGCACACAACACUAUGAACUCUCUUGGCUUCCUCAAAGGCAGGAUCUGGUUCUAUUUAGGCGCUCUGUUCUUUGCUUCUAUUGUCAAUUUCAUUCCAGAACCGACUCUUGUUUUAGAGAAUCAUAAGAGUUGGGAAAACAGUGAUGGAUCAGUCAAGGGCAUGCUUAGGAAGCACCACAGACAAAUCUUAUUUAGUGGAAUAGUGACUGCAAUUGUUGCAGGCCUUACUGUGCACAACUUUCCUAAAGGAAUGACCAUUUUUGUUGGAUCAAUGAAGGGGAUCCGAAUUGACGUUAACUUGGCUUUGGCUAUUGCUCUUCACAACAUCCCUGAAGGUGUUGCAGUUGCUCUUCCUAUCUACUAUGCUACUGAAAGUAAAUGGAAAGCAUUCAAACUGGCAGCACUCUCUGGUUUCGCCGAGCCCCUAGGAGUUAUACUUGUGGCUUACAUCUUCCCGAGCAGUUUAAAUCCUGAAAUCCUCGAAGGGUUACUGGGAUCAAUCAGCCGGGUAAUGGCAUUCCUUGCGCUGCACGAGACGCUACCAACAGCAUUAGGCAACGUCGAUCACAAACAAGUUGUUAAAGCAUUGUUCCUUGGCAUGGCUUUCAUGUCUACAAGCUUUUAUUUCUGGGACAUCAGUUUGCCAAAGGAGAUGAUGUCUUAG